UUUCGAAAAGUAUCUCACACCUGAGUGAGAAACUCAACAACCAAUAUCGAUUAAACUGAUUCCCAAAUUAAUUAUUUCCGGAACAGAAUUAGUUAACACGAGAAACAGACAAACAAACAUCGCUCUCGGUUGGAAUACUUGGAACUUUUAUUUUCUAUCUUUCUGAGACGUCCAACCGUCACAACCGAGUGUCGAAAUGAGUUUCGUGACUCAAGAUCAUGUAUUUUUGUCCGCUUUGCAGCCCAAGACCGCAGUCAGCACUUAUGCUGUCCCGUCCGAGAUCCAGCUCGGGGGUAAUGGGGGCACCCUGUCGGAUGAGAUGACCCGGACCAAGCGGGUCCAGCAGCAGGUUGCUAUGCGACUCGCCGAGAAAACCUCGACGCUUCCACGUCAGAACGGCUCAGCCUCACACUACACCUCCUCAGAAUACGGCGGCGGUUCUUCAACAACGAAGUACCAUACCUUCAACCCAGGGUUCAGCUCCAAGUCCUACGUCUACACAGGCUCCAGACCUGUCAUGGCACCCAAGAUGUCUCAGCACUCAGGCGGUUUCUCCUCCCACUCGGCGGUGGAUCUGGGUGGUGGUCAGAGGGUCACCAUGGGAGGUUUAGGAAGAGGAGGUGGAGGGCACAACUACCAAGAUGACAUGCGUCUGGGAGGGGGGUACCAAGGAGGAGGGGGCUACCAGGGAGGAGGGAUCUACCAGGGAGGAGGAGGGGGCAACAUGAGGGGGCAACAGAUGUCCACCGUGAUUCGGACGAUGAGCCGUGGCCCUGGGCAAGAUCCGGAGACCUCCCUGCGCUCCAUGAGACUCCAGAACCUGCCUGCACAGCCGUCCCCAGUGGCAUCCUGGGUGGCUGCGGACGUCGGCGAUGGGGGCAGCCUGGUCUCAGACCGCGACGCCACCUUCAGCCGCCAGCAGUCUGUCUACAGCACCGUUAGCGGAGGAGCCUACAGCUCAGGGACACAAAUGAGAAAGGCAGGAGGAGGAGGAGGAGGAGGAGGAAGAGGGGGGUCCAUGGUACCCAUGAGGCGUUCACUCAGCGGGACACUAGCCCAGAGCGGAGGAGGGGAUAUGAUGGGAGGAGAGGAGAUGAUGACGGUCCAGCAGCAGCAUUCCUUUAAAGGGCCAGCGUACCGCACCAUUAGCAGGAUCAACAACAGGAACAACAGGAUGUCCAUGGGCUCCAUGUCCGGGGCUUCCACCUUCCCCCCUGGGGGGAGCAGCUACAGUGGAGGAGGAGGAGGAGGAGGCGGAGAGUUCGUGAUGGGCCAGGUGUCGUCGGGGUCUCAGGGGAAUCUGAUGAUGAUGCAACAGCAGAGACAGGCCUCUCUUCCCAGGACCAUGUCUGUCAAAAGCAUGCACAGUGUCGGGAAGGGCAUGGAUAUCUACGACAGACAGAUGGACAUGACUGACAGCAUGGGAAACCUCAGCGGGAUUAAUAACUUGGACAUGCCUACGGCGGUGAGGUACCUGACGGAGGAGGAUGCUGAUCUGCAGGUUCUGGGAGCUGCUUAUAUCCAACACGAGUGUUACAACAACAACGAUGCCAAGAACGAGGCGCGGCAUUAUAAGGCCAUCCCAGAGCUGGUGAGGCUGUUCAGCAGUGAGAACCAGGAAGUGGCUCGCUACGCCACGGGGGCUGUGAGGAAUCUCAUCUAUGAGAACAUGGACAACAAGAUGUCCCUCAUCGAGGAGGGAGGGAUCCCACAACUCAUAAAUGCUCUGAAGGAGAAUGAUGACGAGCUACGGAAGAACAUCACAGGUAUUCUGUGGAACCUGUCAUCCAAAGACAACCUGAAGGAGAAACUAGCCAAGGAGACGCUAGCUGAGCUCACAGAGAAGAUCCUGAUCCCACUGUCAGGCAGCAGAGACUCUGAGGUCAUCCAGCAGAGCCCCUCCGAGGUUGACAUCUUCUACAACACCACCGGGUGUCUCAGGAACCUGAGCUCAGUGAAUGAGAAGACCAGACGGCAGAUGCGGGAGACCAACGGUCUGGUGGAUGCCCUGGUAGGAUACAUCCAGGCCUCGCUACAGGACGGCAAGGGGGAGGAAAAGGGAGUGGAGAAUGCAGUGUGUGUCCUGAGGAACCUCUCCUACCAACUGUACAGUGAGAUCCCGCCCUCAGCCCUGCUACGUCUGGAAGGACCAACCAGAGGCCAGGAAACCAGCAUGAGCGAAGCCAUUGGUUGCUUUACCCCUCAGAGCAAUAAAGUCAAAAAUAGGAAGAACCAGGACAUGGCUACGUUCACGGAGGUAGCCCGCAUACCCAAGGGUCUAGAGUGGCUGUGGCACCCCCAGGUGGUGGGGCUGUAUAACAGCGUGCUGCAAAACUGUGAGAGCAACAUCACCACCCGCGAGGCUGCAGCCGGGGCUCUGCAGAACAUCACCGCAGGAGACAAGAGGUGGGCGGAGGUGCUGAGUCAUGUGGCUCUGGACCAGGAGAGGAUGCUUCCUGUGGUAUUGGACAAACUGAGGACCAAUAAUGACCCGGAGAUGAGAUCCAUCACCGGCUUCCUAAGAAACCUGUCACGCCAUGCCAAGGACAAGAACGCCAUGGCCACAAAGGUAGUGAACAACCUGGUGACUGAACUGCCCGCUGACGGUCACCAGAAGGAGCCGUCCAGCGACGUGGUGGUGAACAUCUGUGGAACGCUGAACAACCUGGUGACCUCCAGCUCCGUCGCAGCCCGGGACAUCGCCUUCUUCGACGGGCUGCAGAAACUAGUGGCGAUCAAGAACUCCCACGACAGCAGCCCUGGGAAGCUGAAAGCAGCCAAAGCAGCAGCCACAGUCCUCUGCAACAUGUUCCAGUACAAGAAGCUGCACAAGGACUACAAACAGAAAGGGUUCACACGACCAGACUUUGCAGAAUUGACAAUCUAGAAAAGGAACAGAUGCAAUGUCUCUCUCUCCUUCUGUCAAGUGGCUGGAAACGCAUGUGAACACUUUAGUGAUCAAGGACCGACAGUACAACUGAAAACAGCUUCUUGGGCUACUUCCUACUUACACACACAUGGAGUUAGAUUAACUAUACUACAGAGUUAGAUUAACUAUACUACAGAGUUAGAUGAACUAUACUACAGAGUUAGAUGAACUAUUACUACAGAGUUAGAUGAACUAUACUACAGAGUUAGAUGAACUAUUACUACAGAGUUAGAUGAACUAUUACUACAGAGUUAGAUGAACUAUUACUACAGAGUUAGAUGAACUACACUACAGAGUUAGAUGAACUAUUACUACAGAGUUAGAUGAACUACACUACAGAGUUAGAUGAACUAUUACUACAGAGUUAGAUGAACUAUACUACAGAGUUAGAUGAACUAUACUACAGAGUUAGAUGAACUACACUACAGAGUUAGAUGAACUACACUACAGAGUUAGAUGAACUAUUACUACAGAGUUAGAUGAACUACACUACAGAGUUAGAUGAACUACACUACAGAGUUAGAUGAACUACACUACAGAGUUAGAUGAACUACACUACAGAGUUAGAUGAACUAUUACUACAGAGUUAGAUGAACUACACUACAGAGUUAGAUUAACUAUUACUACAGAGUUAGAUGAACUACACUACAGAGUUAGAUGAACUAUUACUACAGAGAAAGUGACAAUAAAGAUGGAAUCUGUAUAGGGCCGACCUUAAUGGUGGACUACGAUGAUAACUUUGAUAACGUAUCCCCAUCUUCCUCCUUGUUUUAAUGCUGUAUGUAUUCGAUGCCGUAUGUAUUCAAUGCCGUAUGUAUUCAAUGCUGUAUGUUUGAAUGUUUUAUGUUGAAUGCUGAAUGGACUUUAUGGUGGAAUCAGGGACUUUUUCUUCUCAAUGCAACAAAUCGAAGCGCUGUAACCAAUAAUAUUAUGACUCUUACUGUUUCUCCUGCUCAUCCAGAGAUGGUUUGGCAUCAAUCCCAAAGACUUCUGGGCCCCAUUAUGUUAACCUGUUCCCAGAACUGUUUGUGCUGUAUAGCCAACUCAUAUGGUCAUUGUCACAAGACCGCACACAACUGAUCUGGGAGCAGGCUACUAUUUUGUAGCUCUAACACUAAGCAGCUGUUACAGCC